AUGAUCUUUUUCUGUCGGUGGAAUGUCCUGGAUGCACUACUACUAGUUCUGGUGCAAGGCUGGGUGCAGUCCAUGAGUCAGGAGUAUGAUUACUACAGCUGGCCUUCAGAUAACUUUCAGCAUGGACACUUCUAUACCAAGCAAUCACAGUGUGUGGACAUCCCAGCAGAUCUGCAGCUCUGCCACAAUGUGGGUUACAAACGAAUGCGCUUACCUAAUCUGCUGGAACAUGAAUCUAUGCCUGAGGUCAAGCAACAAGCCAGCAGCUGGGUACCUCUCCUGGCCAAGAGAUGCCACUCAGACACACAGGUUUUCCUCUGCUCUCUGUUUACGCCCGUCUGCCUGGAUCAGCCCAUCUAUCCAUGCCGUUCCUUAUGUGAAGUUGUGCGUGAUUCAUGUGCGCCUGUCAUGGAAUCCUAUGGCUUCCCCUGGCCUGAUAUGCUCAACUGCAACAAAUUUCCUUUUGACAACGACCUCUGCAUCACAGUGCAGUUUGGAAACAACCAAGUUACACAGCCACCAGUGUCGAAGAUUUGCACCCAGUGCGAGAUGGAACACAAAGCAGAUGGCAUCAUGGAGCAGAUGUGUUCCAGUGACUUUGUGGUGAAGAUGCGCAUCAAGGAGAUCAAAAAGGAAAAUGGGGAGAGGCGAUUAGUGGCCACUCAAAAGAAAAAAAAACUGCUCAAAGUGGGGCCACUGAAACGCAAGGACACCAAAAAGCUGGUACUGUAUAUGAAGAAUGCAGGCACCUGUCCAUGCCCUCAGCUUGAUGACCUCAGUGGCAGCUUUCUGGUUAUGGGCCGAAAAGUGGGUGGCAGAUUGCUAGUCUUGGCCAUUUACCGCUGGGAGAAGAAGAACAAGGAAAUGAAAUUUGCAGUUAAGUUCAUGUUCUCUUAUCCAUGUUCCUUGCACUAUCCAUUCUUUUAUGGAUCAGACCCCCACUGAAAGCCCCACACACAAAUAUCCUUUUUCUGUGGGCGGGCUGACAUCAAGAUACAAGCUGUUAGAGCCCAUUUUUCUGAGGAUUCUGUUUUCCAUAGGAUAAUUGGGUUUGAUUUUAAAAAUAUUCUGAAGAAUCCUGCACGUUGUUGAUACUCAUAUGACUUCAGAGAUCUUACAGAAAUUCUUCCUUAGCCUUGAAAUACCAUCAGCUGCCAAAUAAGAAAAGUCUAUGUGGCUUUGAAUAAUAACAUCAUCACAUCUCAGUGUAUCUUCUUUUAAUCUGAAUUGCUCAGUGUUUUAAUGGAAACAUAUAAUUAAAUGAACAUUUGAAAUAAAUUCCUCCAUUUUCAUUUCAUUCUAAUAAAAAGUCUUAAAUACAUAAAGAGCAGGAAAUCCAUGUUUAAUGAACCAUUCAUUUAUACAUUCUUUUAAACCUCUCUAAAGCGAUUUAUUACAUUAUUUUUUUAACAAUAGUCCAGGAAUCAGAUUCCAAGUAUGGCAGAUCACCACAUGUACUUGAAGAAAUAUAUAUUGCUCAAACUAGGAUUCUACUAACCUGACCAGAUUUUGGGCUUUCUUAUCUUCAAUUCAAACAAAUAGAAUUUCAAGCAAAGAUUGAGCAAUUUUUUGAGAUGGUGCUAAAAGGCAGUCAAUAGUUUUGAGCAAGGGAUUCUUUACCCAUAAUUUCACUUACAUACAUCCCUGCCAUUAGCAUCUCUACCCUGAAUCAUGUGGGCAUAUUUUAAGGCCAAGUUACUGGAUAUGUUUUGAAACUAUUUCUAAUAUUGUUCUGGAGGCUGGCAAUGUGAGUAUCAGUAUUGCUGUGUUUGCCUUCAAGGAAGGAUGCCAAACCAACCAGGCCUUCCAGGUGGCUAUCCACCAUACAGGAUGCCAGACCACCAAGAGAAUAGAUGCCAGCCAGAUGGCAAACAGGGUGAAGUUGCUUUCCUUGUCUCCUACAGCUGGGCACACAAAUGCAUGUAUAGCAUUUGCAUGGCUGGGAGAUAGGAGAACUGCCUAAAACAAAGAAAAUGGAAAGGAAUAAUCCUUCUCGCACAAAGAUACAUUUUUCAGAGGGACUUAUUCCGAGCCAAAACUUUCAGAGAAAAAAAGUGGAUGAGAAGAAAUAUCUUUUCCAAAUGGGAUAAAAGCUUUUUUAGACACUCUUAACAGUGUAUCUCAACCUGGCAAGUCUAAGAUAUGUGGAGUUUGCAAAAUUCACAUAUUUAAUUUUUUUAUUUUUAAUCCCACCUUUAUUAUUUUGUAAAUAACUCAAGGUGGCAAAUAUAUGUAAUACUCCUUUGUCCUAUUUUCCCACAAUAAUCAUAUGAGGCAGGUUGAGCCAGAGUGAUUGGCCAAAGUCACAUACCUAAGGUAGGACUAGAAUUCUCACUCUCCUGGUUUCUAGCAUUGUGCCUUAACUACUAGAGCAAACAGUCUUACGUGACACACACACACUGUGGAUAUCGAGAUUGCUUCUGCCAUCAUUGUUGCCCCAACUCUUUUAAAUAUUUGUCUACAACAGGUAAGUUUUCAUAGAUGAAAAAAUGGACAUUUCUGAAGUUUUAGGACAAAAAUGGGUGGCAGGGGGAAGUUGGGAGAAAAAAACCUGAUAGGUAGGUGAUUUGCACCAGAUAGAAUCUGAAAAAGGAACACUUUGAAAGUUGUGUCUUAAGAAUCAGUUAUGUAGGGAAAAAGCAUUAUAUCGCACAGGCCCUAAAUAUUUUCUCAUAGACUCUCUGAGUUUAUAUUUUAAUUUGCUAUCCAUCUAUGUCUUUUAUUUUACCCCUAAAAGGUAUCCUUCUUUGGGUUAUAUGAUGACAUUACAAGCAACAGAAUAAAUAGUACUGGUGGCUUAGUUUCAAUUCUCUAUCCUCCACUGUAUUCCAGACCUUAUGUUGUGCCAAAAUAUGUGGGAUUGCCACCAAAGAUACAAUAUUUUGGAGUAAUGAGAACUUUUAGUUCCUAAAUCUCCAGGUUUAAUUACUUCUAGUGUAAUCUAUACUUUUCCUUGCAAGAAGAUUGCCUAUUUGCUAAUUAAAUAAAAUGAAAAUUGAUUGUUAAAAACUGACAAAAUACAUUUCUCCAAUUAAGCUUCACAACUAUUGCAUUGAGUGCCCCCUACAGACAUAGAUCAAGUCUUUUCCUCAUAAAAUCAUCUCAAACACAAACACAAAUACAGUUUUGAAAGUUGGAAGGAUAGAUGCGUUGCUGACACAAGGAAAAUGACCAGUUCUGGGAUUCCACUUAUUCAACUUUCCCUAUCAAUUGCUAAAACAUCCUCUUAAAUUACUUUCAUGACAGAACUUUUGUCUAUUCUUAUAAACAAAACCUCUUCAUUCUGCUCUCAGACUAAUGCAACUCAAACUCAUUUGAAAGGUUAGGGUUCUCACUCCAAAGAUAAGUUAUAGAAAAAACAUCCUACAUGGGGGUUUUUUUCCACACAAACACCACCAACAUUAUCCUGAAGAACAACUUUAAAGCUGACCACCAGGAAACAGAACUUACAGUCAAGUGAAAUCUGAGCAUACCCAUAAAUUGUAUGUUUUGAUUUAUAGUUCCUUUACAUCAUUUUAUAUCUAUUAAAUCUGCCAAUGCGAGACCCACCUUUGCUUAAAUACUUCCGGGGGGGGGGGGGGGGGAAUCAUUUGCAGUUACUCUAUUUUCUUCUCAACUCUACCAAUAAUGAAUAUUUUUUUAAUUCAAGCGAGAAUAG